AUGGCCGCACAACGUCUCUCGGCGGUUCUACCGCACCUGAGCUCUGCUCCCACUGGCGUGGAUGCAAUCACCCAGCAGAAUCCAGAUGAUAUAGUCAUCACGCUCGCGAUCAGAACAGCCAUGUGCAGGUCCGGGAAAGGUGCCUUCAAGGAUGUUGGGCUCGAUGGCUUGUGUUUCAAGCUCCUGGAACAAGUCCGAUUGAGAAGUCACCUCGAUCCGAGUUUGGUCAAUGACAUUAUUCUUGGAAACGUCCGCGAUGGUAAAGCUGCGUAUUACAUUCGAGCUGCUGCGCUCGGGGCAGGCUUUCCCAAUACCACGACGGCUACGAGUACCAAUCGCUUCUGUUCAUCCGGGUUGACGGCGCUGCAACACGUCGCCAACGAGAUCAAGAACGGCAUCAUCGAGAUCGGAAUUGCCAUCGGAGCGGAGACUCUGAGUGAAGGGAACGAACGACUGAGUAGGCCCUUUGAUGCUGAGAUCUUGGCUGCCAGUCGCGAAGCAGCAGAUUGCAUGAUACCAAUGGGUGGUACCUCCGAGUUUGUGGCUCAAGACUUCAACAUCACCCGCGAACAACAAGACAGGUACGCUGCGGAGACAUACAGGCGAGCUUACCUCGCACAAGAGAAUGGCUGGACCAAGGACGAGAUCGUUCCCAUCACAGUACGGAAGGAUGGUCAUCAGGUCACCGCCACCGAAGACGAAGUCCGGCCCGGCACCACUUAUGAAGGCAUUAGCAAGAUCAGGCCGGCGUUCCCAGAGUAUGGCAAUACCACCCACGCAGGGAAUGCUAGCCAAAUUAUGGACGGCGCGGCUGCGGUCCUCCUCAUGAAGCGCUCGAAAGCGCUCGAGCUCAAACAACCUAUUCUUGGGAAGUACGUGGGAACAGCACUGGCGGGCGUCCCACCGAGAAUCAUGGGUAUCGGACCUGUCUAUGCAAUCCCCAAAUUGCUGGCCCGGUAUAAUCUCUCGCUGGACAAGGACAUUGACGUUAUCGAGAUUAAUGAGGCCUUCGCCUCGAUGGCAGUCUACUGCCGCGACCAACUCAAACUUGACUGGACCAAGAUGAAUCCUCGAGGAGGUGCCAUCGCCAUCGGUCAUCCCUUUGGCUGUACCGGCGUGCGACAGGUUGUGACGGGCUUGAGUGAGUGCAAAAGGCAGAAGAAAAAGAUCUUGUUGACGAGUAUGUGUCUGGGGAGUGGGAUGGGCAUGGCAGGCUUGUUUGUGAACGAGCAACUCUGA